AUGGCUUUAUUGUAUGCGUGCUGUCGUGUUGCUGUAGCAAAUACUGAUGUGCCAAUGAUUUGCGUCAGUUAUAGUGGCUACUAUGAUCUGCAAUGUGUGUCAACAUCAUCCAGAAAGGAUCCGGCACUUCGCAAUGGGUCAGAUUGGACCUGCCCAGCGUGUUCGUCAAAGCAACCAAAAACUGUUAAAAAUGAUAAUACACCCGUUCGCAUGCCGGCGCGCAAACAAUGUGAUACCGACAACCUUAAUGUUACAGUACGUAAUAAAAAUGUGAAAAAACAAUCUCCCUCUGGUUCAUCGGUGUCAGUGAUAGAAAACUCAACAGACUCUUCUUGCGACCUACGUAGUUUUAUAAGACAGGAGAUUUCAGAGCUAAAAAGAGAUCUUGAAUUUAGUUUCAAAAACUUUAUAAACUCCGAGCUUAAAAUCAUUAAAGACGAGGUGCAGGAAAUAAAAAUGUCCAUAGCUUUCAUUAAUAAUAAGUAUGAUGAGAUGAAAGAACGAUUUGAAAUAUAUGAUAAAUGCCUAACAUCGGUAAACAGCUUGAGUAAUGACAUCGGUAUACUUAAAUCAUCACUGGCAAAGUUGGAGCAUGAAAAUAAUGUUAGAGACCAAUGGGCGCGGCGUUCCAAUAUUGAAAUUUGUGGCAUUCCCGAGAAGAAAAACGAAAAUCUCUUCGAGGUUAUUGAGCACAUAUCAGAGCACGUCAAGUUUUCUUUUAACAAAUCCGAUAUAGAUUUUAUACCUCGCGUUGCACCCUCUAAUAAGGACUUUAAAAAACCUAAGCCUAUUAUUGUUCGGUUUUUAUCGAGAUAUAAUAAAGACGACUUUUUGAGCAAAACAAAGCAACUUAAAAGCCUAAAAGCGUGUGAUCUUGGUUUUCCUAGUAGUCAAUCGUUGAUAUUUUUCAACGACCAUUUAACCAGUUUAAAUAAGUCUUUGUUACGCCAGGUGAAAAUUAAGGCGAAAGAUAAUAACUAUAGAUUUGUAUGGGUUAAAAACUGUAGUAUUAUGGUUAGAAAGUCUGAAUCUAGUCCUAUUUUACACAUAAAUAAUACGGCGGAUUUAUUCAAAAUAAAA